UGCCCAAACUCAUUCAUGGAAGAUUAUGACCGUAACAGAAGCUCAAUCCGGUUCCUGGCGGUUGGAGACUGGGGGGGAUUGCCGAACUCCCCGUACAUCACGCCCAUCGAGAAGGCGACCGCAGUCGAGAUGGGGAAGGUGGCGGACCAGAUGGGAGCUGACUUUGUGCUGGCACUGGGAGACAACUUCUACUACAAGGGAGUGACCGAUGUGAAUGACCCCAGGUUCGAGGAGACCUUUGAGAGUGUCUUCACAGCAAACUCGCUGAACAUCCCCUGGUACGUCGUCGCUGGCAACCACGACCACGCUGGAAAUGUGACAGCGCAGAUUGAGUACAGCAGCCGCUCUGAGAGAUGGCACUUCCCCUGCCACUACUACGAGCUGAACUUCCGUGUGCCGCGCACGGACAGCACCCUGACCAUCCUGAUGGUGGACACGGUGCUUCUGUGCGGGAACUCCGACGACUUCGCGGACGAGAAGCCCCGCGGGCCCCUGGACGCCGUGGCGGCUAACCGGCAGCUGCGCUGGCUCCAUCAGAGGAUGGAGCGGUCCAAGGCCGACUUCCUGCUGGUGGCGGGCCACUACCCGGUGUGGUCCGUGUCUGAGCACGGCCCCACUGAGUGUCUGCUGAAGAGGCUGCGCCCCCUGCUGGUCAAGCACAAGGCCACGGCUUUCUUCUGCGGUCACGACCACAACCUUCAGUACCUGAAGGAGUCAGGGGUGGGGUACGUGGUCAGCGGAGCAGGGAACUUCAUGGAGGCGGACAUGCGCCACCGUAACCAGGUCCCCCGCGGCUCUCUGAAGUUCUUCGCCGGGCAGGAGUCCACCAUGGGCGGCUUUGCACACGUGGAGGUCACCAAGAAGCAGAUGGUCAUCACCUUCUUCCAGGCCAGAGGGACCUCCCUGUACCGCACCACCCUGUCCAAACGGGACAUUGACGACUCUGGGACACCUUACUACUAGCGGAGCACAGGACAAACGGACACACAGACGUAUCCAUACACACACCCAUGCA